GUCAGCGGCGAGGCCGCGGGGGCAGCGACGGCGCCGGGCAGCGGGAGUGGCGGCCGCGCCAUGUGGCUGCUGGGGCCGCUGUGCCUGCUGCUGAGCAGCGCCGCGGAGAGCCAGCUGCUCCCUGGGAACAACUUCACCAACGAGUGCAACAUUCCAGGCAACUUCAUGUGCAGCAAUGGGCGCUGCAUCCCCGGCGCCUGGCAGUGCGAUGGGCUGCCCGACUGCUUCGACAAGAGUGACGAGAAGGAGUGCCCCAAGGCUAAGUCGAAAUGCGGCCCGACCUUCUUCCCCUGUGCCAGCGGCAUCCACUGCAUCAUCGGCCGUUUCCGGUGUAACGGGUUUGAGGACUGUCCCGACGGCAGCGACGAAGAGAACUGCACAGCAAACCCUCUGCUUUGCUCCACCGCCCGCUACCACUGCAAGAACGGCCUCUGCAUUGACAAGAGCUUCAUUUGCGAUGGGCAGAAUAACUGUCAAGACAACAGCGACGAGGAGAGCUGCGAAAGUUCUCAAGAACCGGGCAGCGGGCAGGUGUUUGUGACCUCGGAGAACCAGCUCAUGUACUACCCCAGCAUCACCUACGCCAUCAUCGGCAGCUCCGUCAUCUUCGUGCUGGUGGUGGCCCUGCUGGCGCUGGUCCUGCACCACCAGCGGAAGCGCAACAACCUCAUGACGCUGCCGGUGCACCGGCUGCAGCACCCGGUGCUGCUCUCCCGCCUGGUGGUCCUGGACCACCCCCACCGCUGCAACGUCACCUACAACGUCAACAACGGCAUCCAGUACGUGGCCAGCCAGGCCGAGCAGAACGCGUCGGAAGUGGGUUCCCCGCCCUCCUACUCAGAGGCCCUGCUAGACCAAAGACCCGCAUGGUACGAUCUCCCUCCACCACCCUAUUCUUCGGACACUGAGUCACUGAACCAAGCUGACCUGCCCCCUUACCGCUCCCGGUCCGGCAGCACCGACAGCGCCAGCUCACAGGCAGCCAGCAGCCUCCUGAGUGUGGAAGACACCAGCCACAGCCCGGGGCAGCCUGGCCCGCCAGAGGGCACCACUGAGCCCAGGGACUCCGCGCCCAGCCAGGGCACUGAAGAAGUAUAAAACCCAGUUCCUCCAAAGUCCAUAUGGGUUCAUCUGCUCUGACUUGUUACCAUCCUAACAACUUGUGCUCGUGGGAAGCUCCUCAAGUUGCCUCAGGGAGUCGAUUUGGGGCCUCAGCUGUCUCUCUGUUCACCUCCUUCCCCAGAUUUCAGGGAUGUUCUUUGGAAGGUGACCUGGCAUUGUUCUGGCCUCUCAGUUGACCUGAUAUGUGGCGCAUCUUUUCUGGGCAGUUACUCUUCAUUCAGGGUCCAUGAUCACAGCCUUGCUCUCCACAUCAUUCUUCUGUUACUGUUGGAAUCUUGCUGAGUAGGCGGUGUAAAUUUGCAGGUGGCAGGAUAGUGCGGUACUUAGGUAGCCAUUGAGAAAGCAGUGUUUGUGCCGUACUGGGUGUUCAGAAGGGCAGAGGACACUGGACCAGGUUCUUUGUGGGCUGCUACCUUAGAGCUCCGUUUGGGGAUUUGGGUUGGAUGGUCCUACCAGGAGGCUAUCAUUGGAUGGAGAGAAUUCAGGGGAGUAUCAAAACCUGCCUUGAACUAGACUAUACAUUGCUUUCGGGUCAGCAGAGGCAGGGGCCAAAGAAAACUGUUGCCGUGAGUCACGCCCCUUCAGAAGUCAGCAGUGUCAUUUUGGUUUUCUGAAGGACUCAGGAACCAUCAACUCUGGAUAGAUUCUGGAUUUAAAAAUUUGUCCAAAAAUCUUCACUUGGAGAGCUUUAUCCAGCAUCGUAUCUCAUCCCAGAAUAGGCAGGGAGCCCUCACCGUGAGUGUAUCCGAGUUCUCAGCUCCUAAAAUACAGGCUGCCAAGAUCCUGGGUCUGCUUUGGUCCAUGGUCCUUCCCCUGGUUUCUGGAUUGUCACCAGAAACAGUGAUGACAGCUGUGACCUGCCCGUAAAGAAGGGAUGAGAACGAAACCUGAGUUAGCCAGAAAUCUUCUCUGGCCCUUUGUCCCUGUGAACCACUCCCAGCCUGCCUUGCCCAUUCACGCAGCUUCAGCACUCGCCUCCUGAGUCCCCCUGACACUCAGAAGUCAUUUUACCUGUGCAUUUGGACUUGAGAACACUGUGGGUUCUAACUCACGUGAGAACGUAAUUCAGUACCUCCCACGAGAGCUCCCAUAUUCCUGGGCUGCACUCACCCCCCUUCCCAAGGCCCAGAUACCAGCGCCAGGCUUAGGGCUAGAGUGAGGCUCAGGCCUCUCCGAACAUCCCAUAGUUUCUCCUCUGAGAGACAUGGAUAAUAGACAGUUUGUAGUCAAGAUUUGCCAUUUGGACUUUUUUUUUUUUUUUAAUCUCUUAGAAAUGCAUUUGAAACGGUGUGUUUGUUUUUUCCCUUCUAGUUAAGGGACUAUUUAUAUGUGUAUAGGAAAGCUGUCUUUUGUUUGUUUUUCCAUUCGUGAGGUCCAAGCAAAGAUGGAAAAGGAGAUCGCGCCUUUGUGCGGCUAGUAGCAAGUCCCCCCAGACUGACCUGUGUGCCGGGCGUCUGUGCAUUGUUGCACUUUGAGUUAUUAUUUAUCGAGUUCUUGAAGGAUGCAGGAAGAGGGACGCCUUUCUCCCUCGGCUUUUAGUCUCUGUGUUUAUGCUCGCUUUCCUCUUUCUCUGUGCCCGGCCAGCCACAGCGCCCACCCCCUCAGGAAGUCAUGGGUGGAAACGUAGGUGUUAUUCGUCAAGAGGCCACACUCAUGGGGGAUUGGGACAAAACUGGAACCACGUGCAGCCACUCUGGGCAGCUGUCAGCCACGCAGAGCUGCUUUCCACAUGGUCAGUAACCUUUGUGACGCUCAUUCAAAUGGAGCCUGCAGGAGAGGGGACGAAGUGGCAUUCAGUGAUCCUGUCCUGCAGACUUUUUUUUUUUUUUUUUUUAAACCAAAUCCGAAGUAUGUUACAGGAAAGCUAGCCACUUGGUGAUUUUUUUUUUUUUUAAGUUAAGAAAAGGAACCUAGUUGCUUACAUUUUCAUUUUUAAGUAACGUGAGUUAUUUUCUGAGUAAUCCAGUGAAGAGAGAACUUACGGUGGCAGCCAGAGUAUGUGAGGAGCUCUGGUUGACUGUGUCAUCUCCUAUGAGUCAGAGUGGCUUAAUUUCUCCCUGUGGUGGCCCCUGCUUCUUUCUGGUGCUCUGGCAGUUGUUUAGAGGAAAGGAUUCUAAUUUUAAUUAAUUGUGCAGUGAGUUCAUCUCACGCGCUUUUCAGCUUCCAGGCAUCUUAGGAAAGACAAAUGGUCUUAGUAGAUAAGGAGAGCCUAUUAAUGUUGUUUAUUAAUUCAAACACAGGGACAUUUUUAUUAUAGAUUUGAUUUUUUUUUAAAUGGUUGUUUUUAAAAAGAUAUAAAUAGGACACCAAAGCUGCAGGGGGUUUUUGUUUUGUUUUUUUUUCCCCUACUCAAGGUAGCAAAUAAGUAGCCAGCAUUAUUUUUUAACUCAUUCCAACCAGGAUAUUUUUUUAUACAUGGCCUAAAUCUGUGCCAACCAGAAAACUAUUUCUGCUCUCUUUUCUCAAAGGAGAUCAGCGAGUCCAUUCUCUUUUAGCAUUGAAAUCAUUCCACUGAGAUUGAUCACUUAUCACUUGCCCUCAACUCCCUCUGCAUUGAAAUCGACAUUUUAAAAAAAUGCAAGGAAGUGGUAAUAGUUGCGAGAGUCACACACAACUUCGUGUGAUGCUCACAGUUGAUGUAAACUGGAAAGGCUGUGUGUGGUUGCUUUUUGUUUUUUGAUUAGAUUUCUUUUUAAUUUUAUACUUUCAAAUAAACUUGCAGUU